GAACUUCUACUUCAAGCCAGCUAUUCACUCUCGGAUACAACGCUGCAAGCAUAUGAUGUCUACGGCAAGAUCCACACAGUUAAACUGCAAUAUGUUUUGUACAAGGAGAAAGUUGGCAUCCGGCCAGGGCAGAUUACUCGUCUUGUGGACGGUCAUAUCACUAAGUACGGACUACCGCUAGAGCACACCGCCCAAUGUACGGUCCUGCUCAAGUUCGGUUCACUCACGUACGGUGAACUGCAGUCGUUUGUGGCCACUAUCGAGGACGUGCUAUUCAAGUGUCCUGCCAAACGAGACACCAAACCUGUCUAUAAGCAAGACGAAAUUCAUUGCUACGACGAGUAUUCCGCCUAUGUCGACAAAGAAGGGGUGCUUUCGGAUCAGAAAGCCAGGGUGCGGCUGUUCUGCCUCGCUUUUGUAAGCGGCUCUCCGUUCUUGGAAAUUGGAUUGAACGAUAGGAGAAGGCAAGGAAAGGAAAUUGUGCGGCGAAAAGAUAUCCUACCGAUGUACACGGAACGAUGGAUCCGAUUUGAAGAUGUGGAAUUCCACUCUACAGUAGAUAAAGCAGCUUUUGAAAGUGAACAAGUCAUGCGAUUCCGCAUUCGUCCACCAAGGAAUAGGGAGAAAGCCCUGACCAUCAAGUCUGUAAUGAAGAUUGCAGGAUCAAAAGUGGAAAUCCGUAUCGAGGCGAUGGCAGCUGCACAAAUUGAGAAGAGUCGAGGAGGAAAAAGUACACGAAGACAAAUUCCGUGUGAAGACAUCGCUAUCCGAUUUCCCAUCCCAGAAGCCUGGAUCUACAUCUUCAGGGAAGAGCGACAUUGGGGUGUUGGAUCUGUUCACUCAAAGAAAUUGCGGCCAGGAAAAGUCAAG